UGUUGUACACAUGCGUAGUUGGAGGACUGGAAGCGGAAGUAGCAGUGGUAGACGCUAUGUCGCAGUAAUGUGCGUUGGUUUAUAUAUUAAAUCUAAUGAUUGUGUUACGGAGUUAGCGCUCCUUUGUUACUUUUAAAUUGUAUUUUAAAGAGUACACAUAUAAAUAUAUAGUAUUUUGUUUUAAGAUGGCGGACAGAAGAAAUAAUGAAUUUGGUGUACAUGAUCCUUUAGAUGUGUACCACAUGCGACAUCUCUUUGAAUCAAUGUAUUUACCAGUGGAUCCUCUCCAGAAUGCUUUAUUUGGUCUGGAUUUUUCACAUUCAUAUUAUGAUGAUAGUAAUUAUACAGAUGAUGACAGUGAUGAAGAUGACCAUAGUAGUAGAAAACCAUAUUGUGGAUUCUCCAGAAACUUCUUAGAGCCAAAGCAGUUGCCGUUUCCUGGGGUGUCUGGUAGACCACGACUGAAGGAGGAAGCUGACAGAAAUGCCAAAGAGUUAAUAGAACAAGAGGAGAAGCUUAAAGAAAAGGCUGAAAAGAAACGACUUAAGAAACUAAGACAGAAAGAAAGAAAACGCCUGGAAAAGAUGAAGAAUAAAUAUGACGUUACAGAUAUGCCAGAAUGCUCAGAACCAGAACUAACUAAAUCUACAAAACCCAAUACAUCUUCAAGUAAAGUAAAUGUUAAAGCUGGCCAAUCGAAUGAAGAGGGCUGCAGGGAGCCUCCUGAUAGCAGGUCUCCCCCCCCAAAGAGCAACGGUGCCUCUCAUCAGGAUAAGGAUGUCUCUGAACCUGAGGAGGAGAGCGAGGAGGAAAGCAUAGUUAGUGAACCAGAGGAGCUGGACAUGGCCAGCUGCUUUGUAUCUAAAGCUGCUGCUAUUGCCAAGCGUAAGCAAGAGACAAAACCCAAACCUGUGAAGAAGAAAAAUCCUGCAAAGCAGCAGAAUAGUCUGCAGCAGAACGGUGCAGAGUCCAGCACGGGGGAUGUAGUUACCAAGAGCAUAGAGCUGGCUGUUAUUGGAAAUAAACUGGCUAGCAUUGGAGAGUAUUCUACAGCUGUUAUGUAUUUCACGGAUGCAAUCAAGUAUAACCCUAAAGAACAUCGCCUGUUUGGCAAUCGCUCCUUCUGCUAUGAGAAGAUGCAAGAGUAUGAGAAGUCCCUGGCUGAUGCUGAGCUUUCUCUUACCAUGUGUCCCAACUGGAUCAAAGGCCUGUACCGGAAGGGCAAGGCCCUGGCUGGACUCAAGCGGUACAGUGAGGCUGCGAUGGCUUUCAAGGAAGUGCUGCAUCUUGACACCAGCUCUAAUGAUGCUGCCCAAGAACUGAUGACCGUUCAGAUUAUGCAGCUCAUGGAGAUGGGCUUCUCUCGAGAGCAGAGCACAAAUGCCUUAAUAAUCCAUGGCAAUGUGGAGAAAGCUCUAGAGGUGCUUUCCAGCAUCCAGGAUACGACUUUUGUGAACACCUCCAAGCCUGUUGAAGAGGAGUGGGUGGUCCUGGGGAAGAAGGCGCCCAAAGCCAGCAGUGUGGUGAAGAGCACCCCAUCCAAAGCUCCGAAGCAAGUUGAGCUUUUCCCCAUCUGGGUUGGGAACCUUAUCCCCUCGAUCUCAGAGAAAAUGAUCCAAGACGUUUUCAGUUUUGCCGGCGAGAUCCACAGCAUUAAGCUGCUCUCUUCCAGACGCUGUGCUUUCGUCAACUACACAAAGAAGCAGUACUGUGAGAAGGCUAUAAAGGAGCUCCAUGCUACGCAAUUACAAGGCACCAAGCUGUCAGUGCGCUACCCCGACAGGAUUUAUACACACCUGGGCACGUCAAGGGCAGCUGUGACGGCCGCAGAUUCCGGACAAAAAUCGGGCGAGUGUUUUUACUGGAGGAACGGCGCCUGCAGCAAGGAGGAGAGGUGCAUAUACAAACACAUCCCAGAGCACAAGGGCAUCGACAGGGUCAAAGACAAGGCCUCAUCCUGACCCACAUGAGCACCACGAAGCAUGAGAAGUCUCUCUGGGGAAAGCCUGUCUGAUGCAGCCAUGAGGAACUGAACCAGGAAAAUGUGUGUUGGUGAUUAUAUUAGUCUUAAUAGAUGGGGGUAACGUCCAGGCACGGCUGUACUCUGUAAUCGAAACUUGUACCCGUUUUCAUAUGGAUUUGUCAUAUGUUCUAAAAGAUCUGACACAUAAUGACCCCUGCAUUGUUUUAUUUAGUUGCCAUAUCAAAUGCCUAAUCUAAACUGUCUUAUGUAGCUUGUCACUUCACUUUUUUGUUAUAAUUCAAUGAAUUAGUUUAGGUGCAUCACUUUGCUCAAAGGUACAACAUCAGAGUGACCCUUGGAUUUAGACUAGUAACCUUACAGUCAUGAUUCCUGGCUUUUCCCUGCAGUGUUUUUUUUUUUUUUUUUUUUUUGGAAGCCUCCCAAAGUCUCCCUCAGUGCCACAGUUUGAUGGGCACAAGGGGAGUGGCAUUGCCAGAGAGUGACUACUGUGCCCAGCUGAAUGAUGGCAUAGCAAAGUACCACCCAUUGGUGUCCCUUGUACAUCGAAAUGCAGACAAGUGUAGAUGAAACAACUGGAAGGGAUCUGAACCACUGACAGCACAUAAUCUUUGGCCCUAAGCUUGGGGCACCUGACCUGUAUUAAUACUAAAAAUUCAUUCUCUUAAGUGUUUAACUUUGAAACUUGAAUUUCUGCUUCCGUCUGAGGUUUAUGAAGUUUGAGUAUAGUUUUCAUACACAGUAUGAAACUCUUCUUCAGCUGGUAUCAAAUUGAAAGUUUUCUGGAAAUUGUUUUACGGAGCUUUACUUGGAGCUGUUCCUUAAUGUUUAAAAUGUUAAUCUUUACUGUGACAACUGUUUACGAAGUACACACAACCAUAUAUGUCCUUACUAUUAUUAUUUUGGUGAUUCCAACCUGAUCUGUAGGGAAACAAUUAUGCUGUGAAGGUACUCUGUUAACAAGUGGAGCCCUUACUAUUGGAGGAUGUUGAUCUUCUACUAAUGUACCACUUUUAACAUGUUAUUUUUUACUUAUUAUGCCUAAUAUGAAGAUUUUUUUUUUUCUUUUUUUUUUUUUGGCUUGCAGCUUGGAAAGCGCUUUUUACUGUGUAAGAAGUUCAUCGGUGGGAUCAGAAUGGUCUCUGCUGUAGCUGUGCCAUACUGGGCGCAUUCCAAAGUCAGCACUGGAUGUUUGAAAUUCAUCUUCCUCAUUUUUCCUUCCUCUUCACGCUUAGGCAUUUUGUCUCUGUGAUCAUAUCAUAAAUCAUUCUAUAAAACUACUUCUUUUUAAUGUCAGUGAUAAACAGUUAAAUAUUUCACUUUCAAUAUUCAAUUCACUGCUCAGUAUUUUAAAACUGUGCCACAAAUGUGUUUAAUUUUAUUCUGAGUUACGUGGAUAGUGACCUGAAAGAAUGGUUUUAAUUUUCUAAAUGAGAAGUAGAACAUUGGUCAUCUGCUUCAUAAUUGUGGACAUGAUAAUCACUCAGCAGGAAGCUUUUGGGGUCUGUGCUGUUAUAUUUGCUACAUCUUUCUAUUCAAUUCUUAAUCUAAACUUGAACUAAAGUCUAUGAAUGAUGCUGCUUGUCAUUUCAAUAGAUUCGACUGGUUUUUUUUUAAAUUCUGAUAUCGUGAACUUGUGAUACUUGUAGAGAUGGGAAAAAUUUACUUGUUAGGAACUGAGGCCAAUGAAUCUUUCACAGUAUGUGCCCAUAGACAGUGGUGAAAAUAUAACUGAUGGUGAUGAGUUUACAUUGGCUCUUUCACAUGACAGGAAAUCAUCCUGUCACUGU